AUGGCCACUCCAUCUGCAUCGGCUUCAUACAAAAAGAAGGACGGCACACUCACAGUUUCGAAGGACCAGAAAUCGAUAUCAUGGAUUCCAGCGGCGGGCGGUGCUGGGAGUGCGGUGACGGUGCCUGUGCAGAAUAUGACUAAUCUACAGCAAACACCCGCAAGCAACCCCAAAGUCAUGCUCCGAAUCUUCGCGCAACAAAACGAAACUCAAGAACAAUACGUCUUCACGUUUACGUCAGGCACCAACGCCCGUGCCGAAGCAGACGCGAUCAAGGAUGUGCUCAGCGCCGCUAUUGCAGCUGCCAAAGCUUCCUCCGCGCCUGCUGCCCUGGGAGUCGGGACACCGGGCGCCGAGGGAGGAGGAUUAUCGGCGGCGAUGGCGAUGGCGAACGCAAUUUCGUCUUCGGGCACGGGACUCGCUAUCUGGGAUAAUGACGAUAAAUUGAAAACGGAUGCGGAAUUGCAGCAGUCACUACUCAAGUCUGAUGCAAACUUACAACGAAUGUUCAUGGAGUCGCUUCGCACGAGACCGGAGACAUUGUCGGUUGGCCAGUUUGCGUCGCAGUUUUGGUCGAGUCGAGUCCAUUUGUUGCGGGCCCACGCUAUAGAAAGAGCGCAGACCCGAGGGUCGUAUAAUGUGCUGUCGAGCCUGAAACCGCGUACAGACAACAACGUCACAAAACUCAAUAUCACCAAGGAGCAGAUUCAGUUGAUUUUCCAUCAACACCCUCUAGUGAAAAAGGUCUACGAUGAGAAUGUUCCGAAACUGAGUGAGCAGCAGUUUUGGUCCCGGUUUUUCCAGAGUCGGUUGUUUAAAAAGCUUCGAGGGGAGCGUAUAUCUGACUCCGAUGCAACGGAUGCGAUUCUGGAUAAAUACCUGAAAAUUGACGAACAUGCCGACCGGGUUAGAAAUGCGCAGGUACCGCAUUUUAUUGACUUAGCUGGGAAUGAGGUCAAUCACAGUCAACGGCAGGGAAAUCGUCCUGACUUUGAUAUGCGGCCUGCGUCGAUUGACAAAGUCCCUAUUAUUCGGACGUUGAACGCAUUGAGUGAAAGUAUCAUGGCCAACGUGGCACCAGCUGACGGCGAUCCAUCUGCGCCGGUGGGAAUGGAUGAGGAGACGUACAAUCAGCUACUACUACGAGAUCUCAAGGGCGACGAAGAACAGAGCCGGAUUAUCUUGAAUAUUCGCGACCAGAGCCGGUUUUUCGGUCAGGAUAAGGAAAGGGAAGAAAAAGAGAAGAAAGAGGCGUUGUUUGCCCAACGUGAUCCAAAGGAGAUUAUAGUAUCUUUACAAACGGAUCUUGAUCAGACUUUACCCGCUGAUGGCUCGUUUCAUCUUGGGAAAAUCGUUGAGCCGGAUGAAGACGACGAUGAUGAUGAAGACGAGGAAAAGGCCAGCAAAGUGGUUGGAUCAAAGAUCAACAUGCAAAAAGCCUCUAACGAGAUCUUUGGCAUCAUCCGUGAACGGCGCGCACAGGCAGACGUGACGUCUGACUCGGGAACAUGGGGUCUGUCUUCUACACUAUUCGACCGUCUAUCACUCACACACGCAACCUCGACGGAAUUCCUGAACCAGUUCUGGAAUGCCUUUCUAUCCGGCAACCCCGACCGCGCCGGCGAACUCGCCUCGCUCGUCGAAUCCCUCAACCGCGCCAUGGAGCGCAUCAAAGCCGUCGCAACGGACGCAGAGACCGAAAAGGAAACAGAAAUCAAUAAACUCAAACAACACGCGCGCGAAGUCUUUGCGGCUACAGGCAAAAAGAUUCGUGUCAAUCUUGCUGGCGUCGGUGGAGGAGAGAAGGUGGUUAAUCAGUUACUUGGACCGACUAUAUCGGCGCUCAAGUUGGCGGUUGAUAGGUACAAGGAGGCGUUGGCGGAGGCGACGGCUGCGUCCGCCAGGGAAGAUUCAAUGGCUUUAUGA